AUGUGCUUCCUGUCGAGUAAACCCAACUGUUCCCAGCAGUCUGUCUAUCAGGAAAGCUGCACAGAAAUAUAUUCCUCGGAUGCCCUUCUCUGUUGUUUCUGCACAGCAUUUGACCGGUACUUCCGUAGCCGCUCGCUGUCCAACAACAGAAGGAACGUUUGGUUUGCUGAAUUCUGGGAAGAAAACUUCAACUGUAAGCUGGGAAUGCACGGAAGACGGCCUGGAAUUCUGAAAAAGUGCACAGGUUUAGAAAAAGUUGGCAGAGACUCCAGCUACGAACAGGAAGGGAAGGUCCAGUUUGUGAUGGAUGCCGUGUAUGCAAUGGCGCAUGCGUUGCACCGCAUGCACCGGGAGCUGUGCUACGGAUACCCGGGACUCUGCCCACGCAUGGCCAACAACAUAGAUGGCAAAGAACUGCUUGGACACAUCCGCGCUGUCAAAUUCAAUGGAAGUGCUAGUACACCUGUGAUGUUUAAUGAGAAUGGAGAUGCUCCAGGAAGAUAUGACAUCUUCCAGUACCAGAUCACCAACAGAUCCGCCGCUGAGUACAGAGUCAUCGGCUCCUGGACAAAUAAACUACAUCUCAAAGUGGAGGCCAUGCGCUGGAGAACCGGUGAUCCGUCCCUGCCGGCGUCUGUGUGCAGCAUGCCGUGCCGCACGGGUGAAAGAAAGAAGGUCGUGAAAGGAGCACCGUGCUGCUGGCACUGCGAGCGCUGCGAGGGAUAUUACUUUCAGGUUUCAGAGGUUGCAUGUGAGAUGUGUCCAUACGAGAUGCGUCCUGAUUCCAACCGCACCGGCUGCGUUCCCAUCCCCAUCAUUAAGCUGGAGUGGCACUCUCCCUGGGCCGUCUUUCCCGUCUUCAUCUCCAUGCUGGGGAUCAUCGCCACGUCUUUCGUCAUCGUGACAUUCGUCCGGUACAACGACACGCCCAUCGUCCGAGCAUCCGGCCGAGAGAUGAGCUACGUGCUUUUGACUGGGAUCUUCCUGUGCUACGCCAUAACGUUCCUGAUGAUAGCGACGCCGGAUGUGGGUGUGUGCUCCCUGAGGAGGAUUUUCCUGGGCUUGGGAAUGUGCUUCAGCUACGCAGCACUGCUCACCAAAACCAACAGGAUACAUCGCAUCUUUGAACAGGGGAAGAAAUCUGUAACGGCACCCAGGUUCAUUUCUCCUGCCUCUCAGCUCGUCAUCACCUUCUCCCUGAUCUCGGUUCAGCUCCUCGGUGUCUUUGUGUGGUUUGCGGUAGACCCUCCACACAUUGUCGUGGACUACGGUGAGCAACGGACCCAGGACCCCAUGGCGGCACGAGGUGUCCUCAAGUGUGACAUCUCGGACCUGUCCCUUAUCUGCUCCUUGGGUUACUCCAUUUUGCUCAUGGUGACAUGCACGGUUUACGCCAUCAAGACACGAGGCGUCCCCGAAACCUUCAACGAGGCCAAGCCCAUCGGAUUUACUAUGUACACCACCUGCAUCAUCUGGCUGGCAUUCAUUCCCAUCUUCUUUGGCACAUCACAAUCUGCAGAAAGAAUGUACAUCCAAACUACCACACUGACAAUCUCCCUCAGCCUGUCGGCGUCCGUCUCACUGGGGAUGCUUUACAUGCCGAAGGUCUACAUCAUCCUCUUCCACCCUGAGCAGAAUGUCCCCAAACGAAAACGUAGUUUUAAGGCGAUUGUGACAGCCGCCACCAUGUCGGGAAAACUGAGCCAGAAGGGAGGGGACCGGCCGAACGGAGAGGUUAAAACGGAGCUGUGUGAGAGCAUGGAGACCAACACUUCAUCAACUAAGACGACGUAUGUCAGCUACAGUAAUCAUGCCAUCUGAAGAGACUGCAGAGGAAUGGGAUUGGACAGGAGGCAGGAGAGGGGGACGUGCCUUGGGGGCGGGGCAAAACGAGAGAGGAGGAGGAGUUGAUUUGCAGCCAAAUGGUUGAAGAACUGACGAACAAACGACGCCCCAACGGAAUCCAAGCAUGAGACAUUUUGUAUUGUUGCCCAUCAAACCACAGAGGUGGGACCACGUAAACAGCCAAUCAGUGUGCCUGCUUUGCUGCUACUCACAGCUCAUUGGUCCUGCCAUGAACUUACCUGUUUGAAACAAAAUAAAACAAAACAAAAAAGAAACAACAUUAAAAACAGAACAAUGGACCGAGAAACUAUAAAAAGAGAAGUUUGAAAAAAAAAAUUAAGGUAUUGAAAAACUGUGUAGACAUUAUAUAUAAAAGGGCAAGAGUGGGGCUGGAAAAGGGAUUUAACAAAUUACAUUUAAAAGAUAUUUAAAAAGAGAAAUAAGAGAAAAUCUACGAGACUCGAAUCUGUUUGUUGUUGUUCUCUACUUGUAAGUAUUUUUGUGGUUGUGACGAUUUUUUCAUUCUUGUCUCACCGUUGUCUAAUGGAUCGCCCUUGCUUAAUGAGAUGAGUGUGUUUCCUCCUGCCGUCUUGGCAAACCAGGUUGUAACCUUGGGUUGUGAACCUGUAUAAUGCCAUGGUUGAAGCAUGCCAGUUUUUAUACAAAAAUGAGAUUUAUUUAUAAUAAAGGAAUGUUUUGCAAAUGGGUAGAUUUGUUGUCGUACUUUUGAAAUAUGACAUUUUCCAUUUGCCUAUUAAUGAAAUUUGCUAUAAGAAUGCCUCCUACUUUAACGUUGUAGCCAUAAUUGAUAUUUUCCUGUUUGUAUUAAUGAAAUGUAUCUUUUAUUUAUAACAUUUUUAGGAGAACACGCACUUGUCAUAAUGUCCUGCCAAAGAAUCGACUGAAACACAUUGAAUUACACUCUUUUGCUUAACUUUGCUUAAACCACACGAGUUAACUAACCUCCUAUUGGCCAGAAAUAUGAUUUUAGAUCAUUAGUGAGACACCACCCCUCUCGUCUACCCUCUAUUGUGAGGAAGUGUAUGUUUUUAAAAGAUACGCACACAUUUUGUUCUCAAUAACCAAUAAUUAGAGCCCUGCUGCAUCUAACGGUUCAUAAUAAUAGAUGUAGAAAAGUGAACCCACUCUGGUAAUCAGCGAAUACUUAAACACUUUCUGCUGUUGAAAUUCUGAUAUUUAGCCGUCUUAUUUUCAGACGGAGUGUAAUGAGGCAGCAUUCCAAACCUUUUUAUUGUAGAUGAGAGUUGGGAUGUUGACUAAAUCAAGAGCUUUUGUUUUCUGCUCAACUCCUUCAUCAUCGCUGAAACCAGAAGAUGAAUGAUGAAUCCCUGAUCCUGUCUUCCACCCCUGGCAAACAAGACACCAAGAUGCCUAAACUCCAGCCCGAGAGAAAAUUCUACUUCAGAUGAUCUGACUCUCUUUUUUUUUUCUUACUAUGCAAGAUUCCAUUACUGAUGCAGUGAAUGGCAAGCCUUCAGCCCAAAACCACAAACGUUUCUUUAUUUCUUUAUGAUUUAAAUGGGAAUUCAAAUGAGGAUUCGAAGUUAACAGAUAAUCAAACGUUUUCCAUUUCUCUGGAUGAUUAAAUGUGGUGUUAUUUUAGUCUUUUUAAAGAGACACUGUGUAGUUUGUACUCUGGUAAUAUCAAUCAAAGUUGUUGAAAAUGAAUGAAAUAAUGCCCAGUUGUUGAAAAAAUAUUGGUGCUUCGACAACAUGUAACCAUGAAAAUCGGGUCUAAAAUACAUGGGAGUGGGUCUAAGUCUAAGCUGUGUUUUCUUCUAUGGGAGCCAAUGACAAAAUGCAUUUCCCGAUUUGGAAUAAAUGGUCAUAAAACUUU